UGUGGGUUUGGUUUGGUUGUAGCAAUCCAACUAUUCGAGGAGUCGAUCAAAGGCAUGCAAAUAGAGCACAUAGAAAUCGAGCAGCUACCGAUGCUAAAUACUGAUCUUGAAGGCCAUGGCACUUUUCCACCGGCAGUUGAAACUUUCUGUCAGAAAAUAAAAGAAGCUGAUUGUGUUAUGUUUGCUUCCCCCGAGUACAAUUUCUCCCUCGCUGCACCUCUGAAGAAUGCAAUUGAUCACUGGGGAUCUAGACCACCAAAUGCGUGGGCUGACAAGGCUGCUGCAAUCAUAAGCACUGGAGGAAAUGGUGGUGGGGAACGAGCGCAGUAUCAUCUUCGCCAAGUUGGAGUUUUUCUUGAUCUUCACUUCAUCAAUAAACCAUUAUUUUGCUUGAGCGCGUUCGAGCCUCCGGCAAAGUUCGAUAAAGAUGGAAACCUGAUCAAUGCAGAAGCCAAAGAAAAGUUGAAGGAAGUUCUUCUAGCCUUGCAUUCAUUUACUUUGCGUCUCCGGGGCAAGUAAUUAGUGAGAUGAUAUAUGUAAUUCUCAUAUAGAAAGAACAAAAAUUCAUGAUUUUUCAUGACGCAAUGGACUUGACAAUGGUUUGAAUUAAGUUACUACU